AAAACAAUUUCCUUGAAAAAGAUAAAGUAAAAAAGAAAAAAAAAGAAAAGAAAAGGAAGAAUUUUUAAAGAACUGUUAUCAUGCAAUUUCGAUCGUUCAAUUCGUUAUCGAAUUUUAUUGGUCUCAAGCGACGUAUAUAAGUAACGGCGCGAAACACAUUCACUUCAACUUAGACCAACCGUUUUACUUCUUUUUCAUUUGCUUCUUUUCUUCGAGAGACGAUCGAGAAAGAAAGAAAAAGGAAAGAAAAGAAAACAAAAAGAACAAAAAUGAGACCUACCGAAGUUUUCAUCUUUUUAAUGUUAAUUUACAUCGUUAUGGCUACCAGAUGCAUCAUCGAGGAGAAGUCGCAGGAAGAACCGGAGAUACACGUUAUUCAUUUGGAAGACGAAAACAACGACUCUUCUGGAGAACCCGAGGUAAUAUCCUUUCAUAUCCCGGACAAACGGAAACGGGAAGUUUGGGAUAGCAAGGCAAAAGUAUUCUGUAGGAAUGACGAAGACUGUGAUCCUGGCGAAAUUUGUAUCGCCUAUUUAAGAUGCGUCAAGAUCGUCAAGAAAAUCAAUUCGUCCGAGAGUCAAAUCGAACAGGAAAAGGAAAUAUGAUUCUUUAAAUAGAAUUUUUUUAAACGAUAUUAUCUCUUAUACUAUGCUUUACUCAAUGGUUUACGAUUUAAAUAAUCAAUAAUAAAAAUAAUCAAUAAAAUUAUAUUCCAUAUAGCUAAUU